AUGAGCCUCUCACCAAACCCUACCGCACUUGGUACCAAUGAGGAAAGAGACAGAGAACGCCCUGUGGAGAAAAGAAGCGAGAACUACAGGGAGAACAAGAGAAAGCAGAAGCUUCCCCAGCAGCAAAGCCCACAUGUAGCACAGCUUGCAGGAAGAGGCAGGAGCAGCGCCAAGGCAGAGGAGUGCCACCAACUGAAGGAACAGCUUCAAGUUUUGCAGCAGCAGCUGAGGCAGCUUCAAGAGAAAUUCUUGCAGGUUUAUGAGUUCAGUGAUUCAGAUCAAAGCCACAAAGGGAUGGAAAAGACCAUGCACUUACUGAAGGGGAAGUGUGGAGACAGUCUAGAUGAAAGCUCCAGGAAGGCAGAAUGUGGAGAGCUGCAGACUGUAAUGGAUGGGGUGCCCUUCUCCUCAGUCCAUAUCCAGGAGGCUCUGACCCCUGGCCACCUGAAGAAGGCCAAGCUGAUGUUCUUCUUCACUCGCUACCCCAGCUCCACUCUGUUGAAAACCUACUUCCCUGAUGUCCAGUUCAACCGCUGCAUCACUUCCCAGCUCAUCAAGUGGUUCAGCAACUUCCGUGAGUUUUACUACAUCCAGAUGGAGAAGUUUGCCCGACAAGCCAUCUUGGAGGAAGUCACGGAUUCCAAACACCUGAUGGUUUCUCGGGACUCUGAGCUAUUCAGGGCCCUCAACAUGCACUAUAACAAGGGGAAUGACUUUGAGGUCCCUGAUCGCUUCCUGGAAGUUGCUAGCAUGACCCUGCGGGAGUUCUUUAGUGCUGUCAGGGCAGGGAAGGACUCUGACCCCUCCUGGAAGAAACCCAUUUACAAAAUUAUUUCAAAACUGGAUAGUGACAUCCCAGAUGUGUUUAAAUCUUCCCGCUGCCUCCAAGAACUACUCCAGAGUUAA